UCAGCCAUGUGUAUGCUCUGCUGCCAUCUGGUGGAUCCAUCUGUGAGCUGGAGCUGAAAGUUAAAGAUCUGCAGGAUUUGUGUUCAGUAUUACACCUAACUCAUUCUGUUCACUUCUUGUCACUAUUCUAAAUCGUAGGUCCUCCUGCGUGCUAACUGACCUUCUCGUUCCUGCAUUUCCCAGAAUCCACUUGUACUUAGUUUCACUGCGAGUAACAUUAAUAGAGAGCAUACAUAGACUGUAUUACAAAGCCUGAUUGUUAUGAAUCCACAUGGGACAAUGUCUCACUAUCCACUUCUUUAAAUACCACCUCUAAAAAUGGCCUGGAGAGGAAGUGGUAUGCGAGUGUCCUGUCACAGGUGGCAAGCAGCACUGCAGUGACAGAUGCGUCACAGCAACGAGUCAAGGUGAAUGCCAUUUAUCUCUGGCAGGAUCGUACCACUGUGACCCACCCAUGUGAUCUACUUUCACUAUUAGUGAAGCAUGAGCUCCUUAAAAUCUCGCCUGCUGGAACAUCUACAGAGUUGCAAAUUACCCCCUAAGGAUUUGUGAAAGCAACAUAAGGACUGUCUCUCAGUCUGACAACUCAGUCCAACAAGGUGACAUGAAAGCUCAGUGUCAGACAUGGAAAAAAAUAUCCAGGAUCAUCUUAUUAGGCAAAGGGAAGUGAUCAGAUGUAGACUGAAGAAACUGAAUGGCAAGCAAAAUGAAAUUAAAUCAAAGUCCUCUGCAGUGAGAGAGAGUAUAGUGAAGAAGUAUGAAGAGAUGCGGAGAGUUCUGGAGGAGGACUGUAGGAUCACGCUGUCCCUGCUGGAGAUGGAGGAGACGGCUGCAGUUCAAGCGCUAGACAACCUCAUUGAGACAAACUGUCUCCUCCUCAGAGAGAUUGAGGUCCAGCUCAAUGAAGGGAUGAAGGACAAUGACACACAGCCUGGUGACAGGGUCACAGUGUAUGAGGAUAGGGUGCAGGAACUGUUAACAGCAACAGACCCAGGUCUCAUAAAACUUGAUGAGACAAAAUCAGAUCAGCUACUGGACCUCACCAACAAUUUACUACUGUUUAUUCGCUCUCAGAUCCCCAUUGCCAAGAGGCUGCUGAAGAGCUAUUCAUCAGGAGUGGUCCUGGACCCUUCCACUGCCCAUCCCAAGCUGAUCAUUUCAUCUGAAGGGGACUGUGCCACUUUCACAGAUGUAUGGCAGGAUGUCCCUGAGCAUGAGGGCCGCUUUGACAACACCCUUAACGUCUUGAGCCUCCAGUGUUGGGACUCUGGUCGCCAUUACUGGGAGGUAGAUGUGAGUGGAAAAAUCUACUGGGAACUGGGUCUCACCUACUCAUCCAUCCCAAGAAAAGGCCAAAAGGAGGACUGUUGGUUGGGCCGGCAUUCUGAAUCUUGGUGUCUGGAGUACUUUGAUGGAGACUACACUGCCUGGCAUGGAGGUAUUGCUCAUCCUUUGCCCAUUUCCUCGUGCGUCCAUCGGAUAGGGAUCUUCUGCAGCUUUCCUGGAGGUCUGGUGACAUUUUUAGGGGUAGAUAGCAUGAUGCCGCUGUACUCGUUUUGUGCUGGGAGAUUUACAGACUCACUACACCUGGCUCUUUGUCCGGGUCAUGAUCUUCAGGGAACAAACUCAAAACCUAUUAAGAUCUGUCAAUCCUAACCAUCUUUAAAAACUCAUACCUAGGAUGUAUAGCAUUUAGAUCAAGUAGGCCUCCCUAGAACUGGUUUGUUUGAUUUCACACUGACUUUGUUUAAAUGUCUUAGUUUGUCUUCCCAGGAGUGCAAAAUAACUACUACAAUCAGUUAUGAAUCAUUAUAUGUAUAUGUUUACGUCUUUACAUGAUUUCAUUCAUUAUCAGUUUGAAGUAGGGUGAAUUCAGGGUGACUGGGACACUUUGAGAUGAAUUGGAAAAAGUGUCCCAAUUAUCCUGAUUUCACCCUAUUCAGUGCUUAUAAAUGAGCAGCAUAAGUGAUUAAAACUUGAAGUACUGUGGCCCUUGUAAAUAAAAAAAAUAAAUUUAAAAAAUACAUGUACAAUAAAAAUUAUGGCAUACAUACUGUAUCUAUACCAAAUAGAUAUGCAUGCCACAAGUACACAUUCAAAAGUUCAGAAUUCAGCAAGAUUUUUUUUCAUGUUUUUGAAAGAAGUCUCUUAUGCUCACCAAGGUUGCAUUUAGUUGACAAAAA